GGGUGGGGGGGAGUGGUGGGUUUGAACAAGGUUCCGGGAUUCAGGACAAGACAGUCGACUGACGUUUAGGUUUUGGUGAAAUCGCCUCCCCCAGGAGAGGAGGAGCAGUCAAACAGCCAGUGUAUAAAAGUGGAGCUGAAGCGACACUUGAAAGGUACAUUUGCGCAGGGAAGGGGGUGUAAGGUAGAGUUGGUAAGGCUGAAUCUGUCCAAGAUGGGAAAAAUGGGAAGAUUUAGUAUCCUCAUCAUCAUUGGUGUGGUUUUGCAGUCUGACCACUGCUUAAUGACCGAACAAGUAGCAGAACUGGGGUCGGACCUGGGAUUGAGUGUAUUCAAAUACAUUGCUAACUCCAGCGAAAUCAAAAACAUUAUCAUCUCCCCACAUGGGAUUGCAACCGUACUUGGGAUGCUCCAACUAGGAGCAAGUAGGAAAACAAAGAGUCAGUUGAUUAAAGCUCUGAAGUACAACUCAAAUGGUGUUCACCAAAGCUUGAAAAUUAUGCGGGAGUCUCUAACUGAGAAGAAGAACAGAGAUACAGUUACUAUUGCCAAUGGUCUCUUUCCACACAAAAAGUUUAGCUUGGAACGACCAUUUGUUACCAAGAAUAAAAACAUAUUCCAAGCUGAAGUGACGAGUGUAGAUUAUGGCUCCUCUGAUCAAGCUGCUUCCUUAAUCAACAAGUGGGCUAUGAAACAAACUGGAGGUAUGAUUGAAAAUCUGGUUUCCUCUGAUGAUCUCAGUGAAUUGACCGCGCUUGUAGUGGUCAAUGCCAUAUUUUUCAAAGGUUUAUGGAAAACCAAAUUUGUACCAGAAAAUACCCACGAUGAGGAUUUCUACACAGCGGAUGGGAAUGUUUAUCAAGUGCCCAUGAUGGCUCAAAGAUCACAUUUCAAGUUUGGUUUAUCUGUAACACCAAAUGAUGUGAGAUAUUAUGUCCUUGAACUGCCGUAUCAAGGGCCGAUCAGCAUGUUUAUUGCUCUUCCAGUAGAAUCUGACACCGAACUUUGGAAAAUAAUGACUCACAUCAAUGUACAAACCAUCCAAAACUGGCAAAACACACUACGUCAGAGAGAACUUAACCUUAUCAUGCCAAAGUUCACUGCUGAGUUGGAGACUGACUUGAAAGAACCUCUUUCUGCUCUUGGAAUUACUGACAUGUUUAAUUCAGCCAGAGCAAAUUUUCCAAGGAUUUCUGCGAGUGCUCCCAUCUACGUUUCAAAGAUGUUUCAAAAGGCUAAAAUUGAAGUGAAUGAAGAAGGAACUAAAGCCGCUGCAGCAACAGUUUCUAUCAUAAUGCUGAAGUCAAUAGGGAUAACUACCCCAUUCAUUCUAAACCGACCGUUCCUCUAUUUUAUACGGCACAAUCCUACAGGUGCAAUCCUUUUCGCUGGACGAGUUGCAAACCCUGAAGCUGCCAACGCCUGAAAAUCCAGUAACAAAUUGUCAAAAUAGCUGGCCAAGAAAGAGCAGUGUCAAUGCAUGCAAACUCGUGGAUGAAAACCCAAUAUUGCUUACGAUAUUUACUUUACUUUUCUGGCUUCUACACAAAUGUUCACUAACUGCAACACCUACUAGCAAUUGAUAUACAAAUGUGUUGAUUGAAUUGUGCCCGGCAUUCGAGUGGAAUUGACAAAGUACUAUAAGUGUCACUGAAAUACCCAUUCAUGCUUCAAUUUUGUUUUAAGUAGAAUGCUUGACAUUGAAAAUAACCAUCCUAAGUCGAGGAGAAGAUGGAAUUUCAAAAUAUCCACAAUCCAAAUACAUGCCCUUAUUAUGGGUGGUUCGAAAUUUAUCAAAGUAUCCUGAGAACUAAAUAACAUUUGACUCAAAUUAGCAAUAACAAAAAGAAUGAGAUAUUAUAAUAGAGAAUAAAAGUACCUUGCUACUGUAAAUUGGAUUACAACUUUCACAUGUAGAAAUAUUAUUUCCAGUAACAAGAAUAUCUAACUUAAAACAAAUCCAUUCCAUUUCCAGAAGCGAACUGCUGUAAGGGAUGUUUCGUAUUCUCUGCAGUGUUUUGAAGUUCAAUAGAGAAUUUAAUAUUGUUCGCUAAAAUAUCUAAAAUGUGAAGAUUUUGUAACCUUCUGAGGUGAAAUACUGCUUUAUACUAAACCAAUAUAAUGUUCCAUUAAGUCCUAAUAAAAUACAGUUCUCAUGAAUCAAUAUUUCCUGAAUUAAAAUGGCUUAAAUUACCAAAAGGUACUGUGCUAUAAUUUACUACUUAAACAACUAAAUGCUAGGAUUAAAUUGUAGAAAGAAAAGUGACUUGAUUCCUAACAAUAGUCUUUGUAUAAGGUGUAGGUAAUUUUUGUUUAAUUUUUACUUAUCAAAGUCAAGUGAAAUUUCAACCGGUCAUUUGUACUUGUUUUAAUAAAAAAUGUGGAUUUAGUAUAUAA